GCAAAUAAAACGUUUAAUCAAGUAGUUAUUUAUUACUGUCACAUAAAGCCAAAAUGGUUGACGCUACAAAAAGGCCUCUUCAUUUACCCCCUUGGCACAUCCCUUAUUUGGAGAAACACAGAAUCCUCGAAUUAUUUCAUGAAUUAGCCAGAGAACUUGUGAUUCAACAACCGGAAGACCACGUAUUGUUUCUAAAACAGGUCUUAAUCAAUGCUGCUAGAAACAGAGACACGGCGAGAGUUGUCAUAAUUUGCUCCCCAAAAGUGAACUGUUUAGAAAUUGCAAAUGCGAUUGCUGAAAUAACCAAACAGAACGUUAUAACUGAACAUUCCCUACUUACUUUUAGCGGACGUAUGGAAAUACAAAGCCCCGACUUGAGGGCCAAAUACAUUGGUCAUUUGGUUCGAACCGAUAAUGCGUACGAAAAUGGCUGGAUACUAGUCGAUUGUAUCAAAAACGAAAACGAUGCGAAAGCUCUCCUAAAGCUCGGGAUUCUUCCAACUCAUGUUAUCCACCUUAUUCCUUCCUUUCAGCCUCCUUUGACAGAAUUACUGUACUGCCAUGUUCCUGCAGAAUGGCCCCAAUACAGACGCACUGUUCUUGGAUUACGAAACGCCUUCAAACAUGUUUUACGAGAAGUGUUUUUCCAACAGCGCGGCUUACAAGAAAUCGUAGCAGAAUGCAUAGAAAUUCUAAACAUCAAACCGGCAAAAUAUGCCAUCAAACCCAGAGUUUUGAUUUUGGGGCCUCGAGGGUCAGGCAGGAAGACACAGGCCAAGUUACUAGCCCAGGGGCUCGGUCUUAUCCACGUUGAUUUUGAACAUUUGAUCUGCGAGGCAUGGAUGUCAGACUCCGACUUGGGAAAAAGGCUCCGCAACUGCAAAAACGAGGUCUGUUUUCACUCCGAACUUCUUGCUGAAGUAGUACAUAAGCGAGUUUUGGAAGACGAUUGUUUGGAACACGGCUGGGUUUUAACGGGAUUUCCGUUCUCUAAACGAGAUUUUGAAUACUUGGACUGUAUUUAUACACCCCCAAACAGGGUAAUAUUUCUCGAAUGCGACCUCGCGGUUUGCAAAGAGCGCCUCCUGAACCGAAAAAUUAACGUCGACACCGGUUCAGUCACAAACGUUAAAGAACACCCAGAGGCCGAAAUGAGCAAACAAUUAAAAACACAUCCAAAAGACAACAAAGAAUUUAUCGAUGCCGAGCUUUCCUACUACUGUGAGAAUUACGGCGAUUUGAAAAAAUAUUGUGGUGCAAGUGCUGUUUGUUUAAAUGGGGAUCAGGCCGAGCGUUGGAUUUACGAAACAAUUGUUGCCAUCAUAUCACGGGCGCCACCACCUCACAACCCCCGCAGACCUCUUCUGGACCUGUCCAGCAGUUCCGUGUCCUUGGACGCCUGUUGUUGCUCCCCAAUUCCGUCACAAAUCCUGGACUGUUACAACACAAGACUGUGAAAUAAAAGCGCCAAUGCAGUCAUA